UAAAACAGCAGUAUAAAAUAGGAGCUGCUACAGCUGAGAGGAGCAACAGUGAGUUGUGCAUCAUCAUGAAUGCGUCUACGAGUCUGAAAGUGCGCCUGCCCGUGUUCGUGCUGGUGUUGGAGGUUGUCAUGAUAGCUCUUUACGCUGUCUUUGUCACUUACGAUGAAAAUGCCAACGCCAAGCUACAAAACAAUGAGACCAACCCGAUGGAGAACUCCCUUUAUCGUGACUAUCCCUACUUUGCUGACGUGCAGGUGAUGAUCUUCAUAGGCUUCGGCUGCCUGCUGGCCUUUUUCCGUUUCUACGGCUUCAGUGGAAUGGUCUUCAACUUUCUUACAGCUACAUUCUCGAUCCAGUGGGCGAUCCUGAUCCAAGGAUUCUUCCAGUUUUACUAUGAUGGUAAAAUUCACCUCGGGGUGAUCAACCUGCUGAAUGCAGAGUUUGCUUGUGCUGUGGUGCUCAUCUCUUUCGGAGCCGUACUUGGGAAGACGGGUCCUGUUCAGCUCCUGGUCAUGGCUCUGCUGGAGAUCCCUUUCUUUGCUUUGACAGAAUGGGUUGUACUGAAAUACAUCAGGAUCAAUGAUGCAGGUGGUUCUAUUCUUAUUCACCUGUUUGCCUGUUACUUUGGUCUGGGCGUGACAUUUGUGCUCUAUCGUCCUAGCCUGAAUAAAGGACAUGCAAAAGAGACCACAAGUUAUCACUCUGACAUCCUCUCGGUAAUGGGGACCCUGUUCCUCUGGGUGUUUUGGCCUUCAUUCAACUCUGCUCUGACCUUGAAAGGUGACGACCAACACAGAGCAAUACUCCACACUUUUAUAGGUCUAAGCUCAUCCACUAUCACCGCCUUCGCACUCUCUGCAGUGUUUAAUAAGAGGGGUAAGCUCACAAUGGCUGAUAUUCAGAAUGUGACUCUGGCAGGCGGUGUGACCGUCGGUGCUUCAGUGGACAUGAUGAUUUCCCCUGUGGCUGCAUACGCCCUGGGUAUCAUGGGGUGUACUGCCUGUUUCUUCGGCUACAAGUACCUGACCCCCUUUUUGGCCAAAUACAUGAAGAUCCAAGAUCAGUGUGGUAUUCACAAUCUCCAUGGGCUCACUGGCCUCAUAUCAUCCACAGCAGGGAUCUGCGCCAUCCUCCUAGCCACUGAGGAAACCUACGGGCCCAGCAUGUACCAAAUCUUUUCCCAUCGUGCUCCACCUGAGGGAGAUCCAAAGCUCCUGGAACUGCAGAUGCAGAUUCCUGGUCUGAAGCCAGGCUUGGGUCGCACUGGACAGGAACAAGCUCUGUACCAGCUGGCAGCUAUCUUCUCCACCAUCGCAGCAUCUACAGUUGGCGGGCUGCUCACAGGUUUGGUCAUGAAGCUGCCCUUCAUGGCAUCCCCGUCAGACCAGGACUGCUUUGACGAUGAACUUUUCUUUGACGUGCCCUCCGACUUUAACAGUGAAGAGGAGCUCAAAAAUCCCAUUAGCACUGAUGAAAAAGUACAAAUGACCUCUUUGAACUCCAAAGUCUGA